CUUCGAAACCUACGGUCGCAGCUUGCCGCUUCUGCCGCGGAGCUAAAUCCGGACGUACACCAGACCACCAACCUCUCAAGUUCUUCUGGACGUAGUGAGACCUCCGAUAAUGAAGUCCGACGGCAGUAGUGAUGGUUGUUUUAGUAGCCGGGAGUUCAGUUCACCUCAUCGACUGGCCACCAGCGCCGGCCCGCAAGCACUAACGUUUCGCAAACCGAUCCUCCAAAACCAUGUCUCCCGACAUGAUAGUUCCAGCACCUUCGACGGCAGCCAGCUGACAAGCCCCGUCUCACCAACAGCAAGUCUUUCACUCGAAACAUUGAGUACAUCAUCAUCGCGAAAUAGCAGCGGCAGUGGCAGUGGCGGGAUUAAGGGCUUGUUUGGGAAGUUCCGCACGUUGGGGAAGAAGGAGCGGAAUCUGGAUGAUCUUAUAGACCAGAUGCGCUUGGCAAAGGAUGAUGGCCCACGUAGUCCUGCUGCUGAACGGGCGGAGCGACGGAAAGGGCUUCUGGUUGGCAAGAAUGAGGAGAUGAUGUCCAACCUGUUGAAAGAGCUACGCGAAACCGGAGAGGGAGAGCCCAGGAGAUCACUAGAUGUGGAUGAAGGAAGAGUCAAAGACGUGCUAACCCCAACGGCCGAGCCAAAUGUUGGCUUGCCAGAGGAGUUUAUCCACGACGUAUUGAACGAGGAAUGCUACAGCCCUACGGAGGAGAUCUUAAAUGCGGAGCUGCCACUAACGCCCACGGCAACCCAUCAGAUCCGAAGCCCGCAGAAUCAGGCUCCGGCGUUUGCAAGGUGUACAGCCGAUGAUCUGAUGAACGUGCGGUCUGAUUCCGUUGAGGCCGCUGCACCUAUUACGGUCCUCACGACUGGCUGCGACGACAUGGCGCGAGCCACAGCCUUCAGUCCAGGAAGCGGCCCCACUCCUACAAAGGUCGCGAGUCUUCCCCUCCUGGAGAUUUUGACGAGCGGCAUGCUAGUCCCGUGCUCUGAAGGGAUGGAACGCCUACACUCCAUGAACGAGCCGAUUGUCGUCAUGGCCGCAGUUGGAGGAGGAAAACAGCAUGGAAGCAUUAGCCAAAUCCUUGGAAACAUGACGAGAGUGAAAGUGCCGAUGGGAUCAUGCAAGCGUAGUGAUGAUUCGAAUUCGAAGGUGCUGACCAUGAUGGUAUUGGAUGCACCACUGAAUAAUGUGCGGGAGGACGCUUUAGAGGAGAGCGAACCGUUGCUUCCGCACUACCGGACUAAGCUACUACUGAUCGAUGCACCUCCAUUCACGGGACGGACUCGAUCUGAGGGAACCGCGGACGCAAAUGAAGUAGCAUGGGAGUCAAAAGUACUGGCCCUGUUAGCAAUCGUGGCAUCAUGCCUAGUGUUUGUAAGUCCCGAUUGUUCCGGGCGAGAAAGUAUGUUACCGUUCACUGCGCUCGCCCAGUUGCCCGUUCUACUGGACCGGUCUACGCCGCUAGACGUGCUGUCGGCAUCAUUGGCGAAGAUUGUUUGGAUUAUGCUUGACGCGCGGGAUUCAGAAGAGCAUGACACUCGUCGCCUUGCAGGAUUGCUAGAGCCAUCUUCAGAUAUCGAUCCGACGAAUGAUGCGACGGCUUUGGCACAAGCCGUUCUUCAGAAGGUGUUCGAGGAUCCAUCGCUCUUUUCAGUCCCAACGUCACAAAACUUUGACGGGCCCGGGUGCGAUGAUACCCCAAGUGGUUCCGACGGGAAGAACCCUGUUCGCCCACCGAACAACCUCCAUCAGCAACGUAUGGAUACCAUCUCGGAGACGGUCUACAAAGCGAUUGGAAACAAAUGCUUGACUUCGGAACAUGGAGGCUCCCUCGCGUUAACGGGACGAGAGUUUGUUCAGGUGUUGAAACUCUGCUGCAACAUGCUCAAUGAUGACGGAGGAGUCCUGGACCUCAACAUCAUCUGCCAGGAGCUGCGUGAUGAUAGAUUUGCGGACUUGGAACGAGAUGCCAAGCAACGAUAUACAGAUCUGAUGACCGCCAUCUCCAUCCCACACAUGCCGUGCGCCCACUCUCGGCUCCGCCAACAUCACGCCGAAUGCACUCGGAAAACACUUGUCGCACUCCGCAACAUCGACCGUCACCAGAACCGACAUUUGUAUCGCUCGAAAGCAGCUCAGAUGACAGCAUGGCGGCAGGAUGAAGCCCGUUUGCUGCGUCUCAUGGGAACCAUCGAUGAGCGCGGAAAAGUAGAGCCGGACGACGCCUGGAUCGUUAGCUUUGUGCUGCUCAAUUACGAGAAGACCAUAGCGCGUUGCAAACGAGUACUGGCUAAAGGCCAAGACUUCAUUACCAAGAAGAUCGGUGAGAAUAAAUACACGUCCAUUGUCCAGUUUGACGAAGACGUGAACCAAAUCAGCGCAAACUUCCACCGCGCGUCACAACAGGCCGCACUUCUCUCGUCUAUAGCAGCUUGUAGCUUACAAUACGCUUUCGCGUCCGAGGUGGCAGCUCAACGCGCCCACCUAAUAUAUCGCUUCUCCGAACGUGCACGCCACGCCGCCCAGCUCGCCGAACGUGAACAAGCGAUGCGAGCGGAGGGUGAACGUCGGGAACGAGAGAUGGUUAUGCUACGCGCUGCAGACGCCUUGAGAGAGGUGCAAGGUCUCAUGCUUGGUGUAGUCGGCGUGCCCGCAUCCCCACUUGACAAUAGGUACCCCUGCCAGCACUAUCCACAUCCACCACCACCGCCAUUACUACAACUUCCUCCUCGCGCUCGCGCAGUAUGGAGAACGAAUCAAAUGCGCGCUUCCCAGUCCGACAAUGAUCGGAACAGCGACCGAGGACGCGCCUCUACGCCAACGGCUCAGCCCGCCAGUAAACCGAAGAAACGCAGUAGAUCUCGUGGGCAGCGGUCCGAUCGGAGCGGGACAGAGAACGCAAAGUCCGGCCCCGCCGGCGAUACCUCGUUCGAUCGCCAGUCGUGUCAAACGUCCCAGUCGGAUCCGUGUACGAACACUCGAAAGCAGAGAAGCACUAGUGUCGACAGACAUCGCUAUCGUUCUCCAUCAAAUCACCAUGUUCAGCUCAACGCCGGCAGCUUCUCAAAUCCAUGUCCUUAUAUCCACCCAGAAGAUACCAAUCACCCGCUGCUUUACCACGCCGAUGCACCGCCCGUACCCUCCAUACCAAGGAACCUUCAAUAUCCUCGAUUAUAUCCCCAUGACCAGGUUAUGCCCUCGCUACACCAGAUGACACGGUAUGGCCAUCAAUUAUACCAUAUGCCGCCCUUCGCGGCCCAAGGCAAAGUUCCCUCUCACGAAGAAAUGCGACGAAGAACGAAAUCAGGACCUACGGUUCUUUUCCAACCGUUUGGAGGUCGAAGGCACCCCCAAUAUUCAAAUCACAUGGGGCAUCCCACCCCGCUACCAUAUAUGGCGUACUAGCCGAGACGAUCGUACCUGUCUGUUGACAGCGCCUCUUUGAGGUAGCAUCCACCUUCUCCGGCCUCCCCUCCGCCUUCACAAGCCGGCGGAUUCCGCUUAAUUCCGUUGUACAGUUUUA